GACACAGUCGUGUUUUUAUUCUGGAGGGUGGAUCCUAUCGUGGGUCCGCAGACCUCGGAGGGCGUGGACCCGCUGAUAGAGUCCAGGGACAGUUUCAUAACGUCUCACAGUCCACGUUCCCCGAGGCCUCGGUCAGGAUGAUGCUGCUGCUGCUCGGGGCUCUGCUGCUCCUCGUCCUGUACGUCGUCCUCCACGUCACCGUCCUCAGGCUGCCCAGGUGCAAGAGUGAUGCAAAGCUUCAUGGGAAAACCGUCGUGGUCACUGGAGCCAACACCGGCAUCGGGAAGACCACGGCCAUGGACCUGGCCCGGAGGGGGGCGAGGGUGAUCCUGGCGUGUCGGGACAAGCAACGAGGGGAGGCAGCCGCCCAGGAAAUCAUCCAGGAGACCGGGAACCGCGAGGUGGUCUUCAUGCAGCUCGACCUGGCCAGUCUGAAGUCAGUUCGCUCCUUCGCUGAGAACUUCCUGAAGUCUGAGACGAGGCUGGAUCUGCUCAUCAACAACGCCGGUCUGAUGAGCGGCGGGAAGACGGAGGACGGCUUCGGGAUGAUCUUCGGCGUCAAUCACCUGGGCCACUUCCUGCUGACGCUGCUGCUGCUGGAGCGUCUGAAGGCGAGUGGGCGGAGCCGCGUGGUCACCGUGGCGUCCAAGGCCUACGAGAUGGGCAGCGUGGACUUCAGCUGCCUCACGGCCCACAAAGAUCUGGCCGUGGGCGACAACGACUUCCAGCUCUUCAGGAAAUACUGCCACAGCAAACUGUGCAACGUCCUCUUCACCUACGAGCUCGCAAAGAGGCUGCAGGGCUCCGACGUCACCUGCUACAGCCUCCACCCCGGAGCCAUAAAGACGGAGAUCGGCCGCUACUCCGGGUUCUGGUGGAAGCUGGUUUUCGUGCCCAUCGUGUCCCUGUUCUUCGUGGACGCGGUGUCCGGAGCUCAGACCACGCUGCACUGCGCCCUGGAGCCGGGCAUCGAGGGCCUGAGCGGCCGCUACUUCACGCGAUGCUCGCCGCUGCUCGACAUCGAGCCCAAAGCCAGAGACGACGCCGCGGCCAAGAAGCUGUGGGAGCUCAGCGAGACUUUCUGCGGCCUAAUCCCAGAGACGAGUGAAAACAUGUUUCAGCUGCUGCUGCUCGCUGGUGUGGUGCUGGGAGGAUACAUCGUCCUGGUCCAGACGCUCUUCAAAAGGUCCAAGUGUAAAGGGAACAUGGGGAUGGCCGGGAAGACCGUCAUCAUCACAGGAGGAAACACCGGCAUCGGUAAAGCCACCGCGCUGCAUCUGGCCAGGAAAGGAGCCAGGAUCGUCCUCGCCUGCAGGAACCGAGACAAAGCUGCAGCCGCCAUCGCAGAAAUCCAACAGGAAACGGGAAGUACCGACGUCCUCUACAUGUCGUUGGACUUGGCCAGUCUCAAAUCUGUUCGGUGCUUCGCUGAAACUUUCCUGAAAAACGAGUCCCGGCUGGAUCUGCUCAUCAACAACGCUGGUCUGGUGGCCGACGGCCGGACGGAGGACGGAUUUGGCAUCGAGUUCGGGGUGAACCACCUGGGGCACUUCCUGCUGACCUACCUGCUGCUGGAGCGUCUGAAGGAGGACGGAGGAGGACGAGUGGUCACCCUGUCCUCCAUGGCUCACCGCUGGGGACACAUCGACUUCGAGGCCCUGGCAGCGAACAAAGACCUGGGCACCGGUGGCUACAGCUGGCAGUUCUUCCGGGCGUACUGCAACAGCAAACUGUGCAACGUGCUCUUCACCCACGAGCUCGCCAAGAGGCUGAAGGGCAGCGGCGUCACCUGCUACAGCGUCCACCCAGGCGUCGUCCGAACCGAGCUGUCCAGAAACGUCAGCCUGUGGCAGAAGGUUUUCAUCGAGCCCAUAUCCCAGCUCCUGUUCCUGGACCCGGAGGCCGGAGCUCAGACCACGCUGCACUGCGCCCUGCAGGAGGGAAUCGAACCCCUGAGCGGCCGCUACUUCGCCUGCUGCGCCGUGCAGGAGGUGUGCGCCCGGGCCCGGGACGACGCCGUGGCCCGGAAACUGUGGGAGGUCAGCGAAAGCCUCUGUGGACUCUCGUCCUGAGGCGGAGUUUCAUCUGGUCUCUGUUCUGUGGAGCUUAUUUUUAGUCCCUCAUGUUAUUUUAAAGUGACUCCACACAGAGGAACCUGUCAACAUGUGUUUGAAGCACACGUGUUGUUGUGAAUGUGGAGUGUUGCUGCCACCUUGUGGUCGAUGUCUGAAAGGAUCCAAACCUCAUGUGUCCUUUAAUAUUUAAAUCUUGACUCUUUAAGUGGCUUUAACACUUAGGUUUGAAUGUUUUUAGGCGUAAAGUCCUGAAGUCUGAGAACAAGUACUGACUCAUAUUUAAAUGUUUUUUAUGGAGAAUUGUUGCUUUGUUUGACAUGGCAUUUAAUUUUUUAUAAAUUUUAUGUCUUCAUGUGUGUGUUAUAUAAGAGGCCACAUGAUCCUUUAUUCAUCCCACACAGGAAAUGGUUUAAAGUCAGUAGAAAAUCAAUCAGUUUGAUUAACUGCACAUCGGGGAAUAAAGGACAUGUGAACACAUGAGCUCUUGCCGUUGAUGUUAAGGUUUGUGUUGUGAUAUAUUUGAAGUUUGUUUUAAUAAAUAUUAACCACAA